AUGGUGGUGAAUAAAAGCAAGGCAGAGGCAGAAGCUGAGAAGUGCAGUCAGCUUCUCACCAAGAGGACCAUGCUGUCUCCGAGCCUUGCUCUCCUGGUGUUCAUCUUCACCGCCAAGUCAGGUGACGGAGCCCAAAUCAUCGGAGGGACAGAGGUGACCCCUCACUCCCUGCCCUACAUGGCUCUGGUCGAAGGUAGAGGUGUAAACGGAGAUCAAAUAUUCUGUGGCGGGACCCUGAUCCACCCGAAAUGGGUCCUGAGUGCUGCACACUGUGCUGGCCAAGAGAUUUCUGUGACUCUGGGGGUUCACUCCAGAGAAAAUGAAGGGCAGGGAAUGCGGUUCCGACAGUUCAGACGAGUGAGCCGGCAGGUGAUCCAUCCUGGCUACCUGCCUCAGCAAAUCAACGAUCUGAUGUUGCUGGAGUUGCAGUCACCUGUGGAGGAAACAGCCUAUGUGAAAUCUUCCAGGAUCAACACCCCACCAAAUUACCCCGGAGCUGGCAAGACCUGCUUGGUGGCUGGGUGGGGUCUCACUGGCUAUGGUGCAUUAAAGCCAUCUGAUGUGCUGAUGGCCGCCAACGUGAAAGUGAUUGACUUGGAGACGUGCAACUCUGCAGACUGUUAUGGCCAUUCCUAUUCGAUCAACAAGGAUGUGGUUUGUGCCGGCUCCCAUGGAAGGAACCAGAUCGGUGUCUGGAAGGGCGACUCCGGCGGUCCUCUGGUGUGCGACAACAUGCUGGUUGGAGUCACUUCCUUUGGAAAGGAAUCCUGCCCCGGCGUGUUCAUGUACCUUUCUCAGAACAGAGUCCAAUGGAUCCAACAAACAAUUAAGUAA